UACAUGAAACAUCUCUCGGUGUUCAGUUCCCAGCUCGCGCUCUUUUACUAUUUCUCUUCGAAAGUUUGUACCUACUUCUAUUUCGGUUUUUGGAUAAUGUGAUGUGGGUUUAUACGAUUGUCAUCGAAAUCAAGUGACAUGGAAACAUUCAACUGUGUGCCAAAUGUUCCAAAAUCGAAAUUGAGGCCAAACUUGACGAACAAUUUUUAUCAUAAUGUGCCAAGAACAAUGCGACCAGUUGGGAGCGAGUAUGCAAUACCAAACUACACAGGACGAAGGUCGGUGUCAUCCCUCAACCACACACUGCCUUGGCAAGAAAGACCACCUCCCACACCGGUGUCAUGCAUUGGAAUGGAACACAAAUCGUCCAGGGGAAAACUAUGUUCCAUAGCUCUAGCCAUAGCAUCUUUCGUAGUCUUAGUAGCGGUCCUAGCAGUUGCUGGGCUCGCUUUGUAUAUGGGUGUAUUGCACACUGAAACGCCAAAUGCACUACUUACCUUUAGCUGUAGCGCCAAAGUUCUUAGAGGAGAUAGAUUCGUGGGGGCUUUACCGGAGAAGGCCCGUAGGUACAAAAGACAAUUCGAAUUACUAUACCAAAGGAGUAUACUAGGAAAGGCAUUCAUUUCGUGUGCCGUUGACAAAUUUGGAAACGACACUGUGACCAUUUAUUACAAACUAGCGUUUAAUCGGAUGAAGUUGACAAGGAAUGUUUCCAAUAUAGAAAAGGCUAUUAAAGAUAUCUUACUGACGGAUGCCAUAUCAAGAAAUUCUGUUUUCAAGAACGUACGCUUUGACCCUAAACAUAUAAGUGUUAGACAAAUUUUAAGUAACGAAAUUCCUCAACAACCCUCUCCAGUUUCAUCUUCCCAUGUAGUCCCUACUGACUCAAGGAAAGUAGUAGUAACAACAAAACCAAGCGUUGUUUUGAGACCUAGUAACAAGACAACUACAUCUCAUGCUCACAUUCCGAAGAAACCGAUAGUUAUAGAUGAUUUAGAAAAUAUCAAAGAGGAAGAUUUGCCAGUUAUUCAGGGUUCGUUUAAAAUAAGCAAAACAGAUGCUGAUAUUACCGAGAAAAAGACUGAACAAUCCACAAGCAAGCCAAAAAUUUCCGAAAAAACAACCACAUCUUCUGUAAAAAAAUCGACGUUCAAAGAAUCAUCAGUCACUAGUGCUCUCUAUAAAAUAGCAGCCGUUGAAAAAGUUACAAAGCAACCAGGAACAUCUACCACCAAGCAAAGUACUUCUGUGUCCCCCACCACUCUCAAAAUUUCAACUACAUCAUCUACUCCCAAAGUUGAAAUGACCCCAGUGGUGACCUCUUCCUCGCCUGUAUUUGUCGUAAACCCGUUCGACGAAGCUCCUUGGAUACCGAUUUUACCUAAUAUGUCACCAGUCACUGAAAGAUCCUCUCAAAUUUUAUCAAAUCAAUAUUUCUUCAAUCCAACGUACCCACCGAUUUCUGGUGACCAGCCUACAUAUACUAGUUUUACGAAUCCUGGGUUAUCACUGAAUUUCAACGAAGCAGAAAAGCUUGGUUCUACCAGUUUGAAAAGUCAUCCCAUUCCUGUGAAUAAAAUACCAUCCACCGAACCUUCUGUAUCUCCUCCAGUCCAAAAUGAUGAGCGUCUCGAUGAUUCAGUUAGUAAAACACCAACUUCCAGUGUUGAGCAGCCGAAUUUCGUGGAAAUCAAAACGUUUGAGUAUGUACCCAAUAGAAAGAAGGAUGUGGAGCAUAGAAAGGAAGAAAUGUUGAAGAACAUAUCUUCUAUUUUUCAUACUCUAGCAGCUUCACUUGAUAAUCCCAGUGUCAACUUCUCGUCCAAUGACUUUUCCUCCAGUGAAGCUAGUCCGAAAGAAGAGCAGUUUUCUGGACAAGGACAGGUUGAGGUUGUAGUUGAUGAUGUCGAUGAAUUGAUGUUACACACAACCAGGAAUCCCCUGGUGACUUUGUUACCAGUAAAAUCUAACUCAGGAAUUGGUAGACCAUUCAGAAAAAGACCUUUCAAAUCAGGAGAAGAUAAUUUUUCUACAGAAAAUCGUAGUUUCCCGAGCCAUCCUUUUUAUGCGAACUCCAAUUCAGCAAGUAGCGUGAUAGAAACGAAGAACAAUAACAAACCUGAUUUUCAAAUAAUGGGAGUACUGAAUUUCAUACCAGAGAAAAGCGUUGAAAGUAACCAAGAUGCUCAAUCUGACAUAGUGAGAUAUCCUAAAAUGGACCUGGACCUCUCCUUGAAGGAGCCAUUGAAUGAUGGCGAAUCAUUCGUUUUCGUGACAAACUCUUCAGAAUCAACAAUGAAUAAUUCAAAUAUCUUAACGAUGGAAGAAAUAAAAAAAUUGUCUGAGAUCAGCAAAAUAAUCGACAAUUCAACUGUUUUUGAAAAGGAGCCUACAAUUUCGAAUAAGGCAAUUUCCUCUAGUCACAGUACUAGCCUGAAUGGGAUACAGAUAAUGACGAAACCGUUCAAUAAGAUUAAUUUGUCAGAGAGUGGAAGUUAUUUGAAUCUAAACGUAUCAGAUUGUACAAAUUCUUCUGUAAUUUGUGGUGAUGGAAAAUGUCUGCCAGAAACGACCAAAUGCAACCAACUUAUAGACUGUAACGAUGGAAAAGACGAACAAAAUUGUAAUUGUGCCGAUCAUCUCAAAUCGCAAUUCUUAAUCGGCAAAAUAUGCGAUGGUGUGGUAGAUUGUUGGGAUUAUUCGGAUGAAUAA